GCUCGUCACCGAUGCCAAUAGCUGAUGUCUGAGAGGUUGGCGCAGAGCACAUCACUGCGAAAUUCGGACGCGAAAAAUGUAGAAUCAGUACGAGAGCGUGAGUACUUCAACGUAUUGCAUAAUUAUCGAAAUGAUGUCUAUGCGGUCUGCGGUGGUAGAAUUCAUGUAGCGCUACUUACAAAGAUUAUUAGUGUUGGUGUGCUUCCAAUGUAUGUACUGAUUUUGCUGUUUAUGGUGUAUUUUGGUAAUGCUACAGCAAUAAUGUUUGCUCUCAUUAUAUUAGGAUCCGUUGCAAUUACGACAGUCUAUGGGGCUUUCAAAGGAUGCAAGAUGUGCCUUGUGCCUUUUAUUUUCUUGCAGGUUGUGUUUUUCAUUUACGAUCUUGUUCUUCUUGGUUUGUUCACUAUAGCUUUGCUACAAUCGGACAGUUUUGCAUUGCAGUCGUAUGCUGUCUACGGAUCGGACUCGAUCUCACCCAACACUAUUCUACUAAUCACAUCCUUAGUAUUACUGUCUGCUCUACCACCAGCAGCGUGGAUUGCUUAUAUCGCAUACUUGGACAUUUUGUUCAUUGCUGAAGUCGAUCGUGGCUUGGAACUAAUACGAGAGCUCAAUGGCAACGCUACGAAUGAAGAUUUGACGAUAAAAAACAAUUAUUGAGAUCGUGAUUUCAAUCGUCAAAAUUUUGCUCAUAUUCCUCUCA